GCGUAAGGUAGUGAAAGCUUUGGAUAUCUAGAGUAAAGGGAGAAAAGCCAUCAAAAUCCUAUUCAUUCCUAGUGCGCGUGUGUUAUUCGUUUAUGCGCUAUCUGUGAACACUUCUUGGACUGAAAUCGGAAUUUGUGUGUGAUUUUUGAAACGAGCAACGCAAUGAUUUGUGAUAAUCAAGUGUGUUAGUGUUGGUACCUACGAGCUCUGCAUCCCUGGUGGUGGUGGCACGGAUUAAAAACCUCUGCACAGCCGAUCGCAAGAAGUUGCCAGGGGCGGCACCGGCCAGCCAGCUGAGGCAGAGGCAGCCAGCCAGCCAGCCAGUGUAGUCUAGCGCAGUGCAGGGCGCGGGACCAGCCGGCGCACCGCAGCAGGUGUCCCCGCCAUGUGUGAUGGCCUGCCAUGAGGGACGGGGUGUCCAACAAGAGCGACACGGGUGAUGACAGCAACGUGGAAAGCGGAGUCGCUACGAGCGCCAGCAGACAUGUGAUGGCGGACGCGUCUCUCGGGAGGUGCAGCCGGCGCAAGCCCGCCGCCCCCUGGCGCAGCCGGCCGCCGCAGGCGGGCGCCGACGACGCCGACGUCGACUGGCCGCUCGGAGACACCGCUUCCAGGCUGCAGGCGGGGCUGCCGGACGCCUUCGACCUGUCGGCGCCGUCGACGUCUUCGUCGUCGGCGCCCGCCACCCCCGUCGGGGGCCUUUUCUCAGGUGUUCGUCAGAGGGAGGGACACUGCAGCAGACUGCGCCAGUCUCUAGCACUGACAUCCGUGCAGUUCUCUUAA